UCCCGCCCACCAAAGCACCACGGACACGCUCGUGAUACACGGCACUCUAGUACGCUGCAAUGGACAACCUUGGCAAAAUCUCGGCGUUCGGAAAGAACAUCUCCGCUUCCUUCACCCCCUGGGCUGCCAGGACGUCGCAGUAUGUCAAGGAGACGGUCGGCAAUGUCGAGGACAAGACUCAACUCCCGCCCGACUAUAUUGAGCUCGAGAAGCGAGUCGAUGCGCUGAAAAAGGUGCACACGACUAUGCUGCAGGUCACCUCGCAAUACUCCAACGAAGCAUACGACUACCCAGCCAACAUCCGCGAGUCCUUCAACGACCUCGGCCGCACCGUCUCGGAGAAGGUCAACCUCCUCUCCAACGCCACGUCGCCUGCCGAAGCCCAGGCCGCCCUCACUGCCCCGCCCUCCGCAAAGCCCCAGCCCAAGACGUUCAGCCAUGCCGUUGCCCGCGCCGCCCUCAAUGCCUCGCACAUGCUCACCUCGGAGCAAACAUCUUCCGGCGAAGACCCGCUCGCUACGGCCCUCGAAAAGUACGCCAUUGCCAGCGAGAAGGUCGGCGAGGCCCGUCUGGCACAAGAUGCGCAGAUCCAGAGCCGCUUCCUGGCCGGCUGGAGUACCACGUUGAACACCAACAUCCAGUUUGCCACGCGCGCCCGCAAGGCGGUUGAAAAUGCAAGGCUGAGCCUCGAUGCAACAAAGGCCACGGCCAGGGGCCCGUCUUUCUCGCUGCCCGGUCAGCCCGCCAAGAAGGAUAACCUGGACGACGACCUGAGCGAGGAGGCAAGGGCCAAGAUUGAGCAGGCCGAGGACGAGUUUGUUGGCCAGACCGAGGAGGCUGUUGGUGUCAUGAAGAAUGUUCUGGACACUCCCGAGCCCCUCCGCAACCUCGCUGACCUCAUUGCCGCCCAACUCGAAUACCACAAGAAGGCAUACGAGAUUCUGUCGGAGCUGGCUCCCGUUGUGGAACAACUGCAGGUUGAACAGGAGGCUAGCUACCGCAGGGCUCGCGAGGAGUUGUAGAUGGACUCUGGCGCAGAGACGCAGACAGCAGGAAAGGGUGGACAUGAGCGUUAGUUGUGAGCUACUUGAGGAACGAACCAACACACGAUUUUGAUGGGUGCCUAGAUAUUGGCUACAUGACAUGCGUUGUACUUUUGUAGGUCAACUUUGUUUUAGACGAGUUUGGUUGUUAGUUGCGAGUAGUUUGGAACUGGUUGAAUUCAUUCUAUUUU